GACCGGUAAAUCAGCUGUAUUAGCUCUAAAAAUAGACAAGUGUUUUUGUUUGUAUUUUGAUCUAGAAUUUUUUUUAAUAUUAAAAGAAAACAUUAUAAAAAUAGCACAGGCUGGUGCGUCAGAAAAAGGUAUAUGCAAUGCGGACGUGCCCACAAAAAAUAUGGAAUGGACUAGUAUUAAUCGCACUGCUAUUAUUAAAUUAUUAGAAAAUUGAAGGUGAGUUCGCAGAAUUGGUUGGCGCCAACCCCACUUACAAACAUUAUACGAGUCACUCGAUAUCACAGUCGUUCGAGGACUCGCUGACUGUUUAGAACGUUGAAAAUCAAUGCCAACUUUUUUGCGUACACAAGAGUUCGAUCAGCUCUUAGCUGCCUUCAGCAGCGCAGCACUAACAUCAGCAACUGCAACAAAAAACUCUACCAAUACGCGUUGCACCAGCAAAAAGAGUGGCAAACAGGUGAAUAGGAAUAUGAAAUCUGCAGCAGCAAGAAAUGGCACAAAAGCUAUAAAACGUGGCGCACGCAUACUUACCGAGAAGCCAUUCGCCUUUGUGCUGCAGUCAAAAUAUCGUAAGGAACGUUGUGACAAUUGCUUGAAAGCUUGUAAAGUGCUUAAAUGCGCUAACUGCCAAUAUGUAUACUACUGCAGUCGUGAGUGUCAAAUGCAAAGCUGGGGUGUACACAAAAUUGAAUGUCCAUUCCUAAAGCGCAUUUACCCGCGCAUUGUGCCCGAUGCGGCACGUAUGCUUUGUAAAUUAAUCAUACUAUUGGAUAAAGGUGGCGAUCUUGUACGUGGCUAUUAUACUGAUACCUGUUCACGGCGCUUUCGUGAUUUGAUGUCACAUUAUGGUGAAAUCAAAAAUGAUGUACGCAGAUUGGAGCAUUUAGAGUCCUUAUAUGCCGUACUGCAGGAUAUGAUGGGUGAGAGUGUUAUUGUGCCGAAUCUGACGGAGUUGACCAGUAUCUAUGGCAGGUUAAUUACGAAUGGCUUCAGCAUACUCGAUCCUGAAAUGAAUUCAAUCGCGACGGCGAUUUAUUUGGGUGUUUCGGUGACCGAUCAUAGUUGCAAACCAAAUGCCGUAGCCACCUUUGAGGGCACCACCUUGCAUAUACACGCAAUUGAAGAUAUAGAGUGUCUGGAUUGGUCCAAGAUAUUUAUUAGCUAUAUCGAUUUACUUAACACACCUGCUCAACGGCGUGCUGAAUUACAAGAAAAUUAUUAUUUCCUCUGUAUAUGUACGAAAUGCACUGAUGUACAGGAGACACAAGAAAUGUUGGCAGCAGUUUGUGCCAAUAAAAAUUGUAGAGAACUCGUUGACAUAAAUCUCAAUAAUUGCACGCGUUGUGGUGCUGGCGUGAGUCCAAAACAACGGAAUGUUUAUAAUGAGGCGCUUGCAAUGACAAAAACACACUUGGAAAAUAUGAAAGAUGUCGCAUAUCUUGAUGUUUGCAAAUUAUGCCUUGCCAAGCAAAAGGGCGUUUUACAUCCAUUCAAUGUUUGGCAUUUAAAAACUUUAGAUGCGGCAUUUGAGGCCGCCAUCGAUGUGUCUAAAUGGGCAGAGGCUUUGGAGUAUGGCAUAGAGUUAGUGCCCGGUUUUAGAAAAUACUAUGGCGAUUGGCAUCCAUUAUUGGGUAUGCUUUAUUUGAAAAUUGGCAAAAUUCAAUUAUACAAAAGUGAAUUAAAAGAGGCUAUAAAUAAUUUAAGGGAAGCACAAAAAAUACUCCAAAUAACACAUGGCCGCGAUCACAGUCUGCUACGUGAGCAAUUACAGCCAAUGCUUGCACAAGCUCUAGCAGAAAAUGCUGCAUAAAAUGUGUAAAUAUACAUAUAUAUUAUACUGUAUGUAUUAUAUAUUAUUUUGUAGGGAAAUUAGAAAAAUACAA